AUGGGACAACUCUUCGGAGGGUCUAUACUCUCGGCCUUCCUUCAGGUGGCCUUCGACAGGUUUGCCUCUCCUGAGAUUAUGGAAUUCUUACUUCGAUGGGAAAUCGACUUGGAUGAAGUGGAGUCACUGAAACGGACGUCAGCCAUGAUUCAGGCCUUAUCUGAUGAAGCUGAAGUGAAGCAAUUCACCAACGAUACUGUGAAACUCUGGCUCGACCACCUCAAACAACUCCUCUAUGAUGCGGACGACAUAUUGGAUGAGUAUGCCACUGAACUUUUACGCCUGAAAUUGGAAUCUGCUCACCAAACCCAACAGGUACGCAACCCUGUUCCUCUCACUCCAUCAAGUAAAAGUAGUAUGUCCUUUUGGUUGAAAUCCAGCAUAGAAUCUGCAGUUAACGGCAUCAACGAAACUUUAGAGGGAAUAAAAGGCAUUGGGCCUAAGGUUUAUAACAUCGCCGAAGAGCUGCGGGGAAUUAAAAGGUUUGGAUCAAAAGUAAGGGAUAUGGACCAGAGGUUAAAAAGUGUAGCACUAGAAGGUGUUGCUCUAGGCUUGAACUCGAGCAUUGGAUCUGGAUCCAUAAGGCCCCGGGUAUUCAGGCAAAGGCCACCGACGAGUUCUUUGGUGAAUAGAUCUAAUUGUUUUGGCAGAGAGGAAGAUAUGAAGGAGAUUUUUGGAUGGUUGCUAUCGGACAAUACUCCAAGUCCAAGUAACAAUGUUAAUAAUUUCUCGGUCCUGCCCAUUGUUGGCAUGGGUGGAGUUGGAAAGACGACCCUUGCUCAACUUGUUUAUAACGAUGAAAGAGUUGAGAAGCAUUUUGGUAUGAAAGCUUGGGUCUGUGUAUCAGAGGAUUUUGAUGUGGUGAGGUUAACCAAAGAAAUUCUUGAGUCAGGUACUGGAUCAUCCCCUCCUUUUAAUUCACUGGACCUGCUACAGCUGAAACUUAAAGAAGCAUUGAGCAAGAAAAGAUUCUUAUUAGUUCUGGAUGACAUGUGGAACGAGAUUUAUGACAGAUGGGAUGCCUUGAGGACCCCUUUUGCAUUUGGUCAACCAGGCAGCAAGAUAUUAGUUACGACACGGAACAAAGGUGUUUCAUCAAUCACGCGCACUGUUCCGAAUGAUCUAUAUCUAAAAGGUCUGCCAAAUGAAGCUUGUUUUGCACUAGUUAGAAGGCAUGCUUUCAUAGAUGAAUAUUCAUCUGAUGCAAAUCAAAAGUUGGAAUUAUUUAGAGAAGAAAUUGUGAAGAAAUGUAAGGGUUUACCUUUGGCUAUAAAGACACUUGCUGGCCUCUUGCGAGAUAAAAGGGAGAACUGUGAGUGGAAAGAUAUUUUAGAGAAUGAAAUAUGGGAUUUAAGAGAGAGCGAGAUCCUUCCAUCACUCAUGUUGAGUUACCAUAAUCUUCCACCACAUCUGAAGAGAUGCUUCGCAUAUUGUGCUUUGUUUCCCAAAGACUACGAAUUUGUCAAGAUUGAAUUAGUCAUCUUGUGGAUGGCAGAAGGUAUUAUUCAACGAAAAGGACAAAAACGCCUUGAAGAUAGAGGGGGUGGGUAUUUUGAUGAACUAUUUAUGAAGUCCUUCUUUGAAUUAUCUAAUUAUUGUCGUCCAUUGGUGGCAGGCCCGAUGCUUAUUAAAGUAUCAAAAGAAUUUAACGAUAGAUCAUUUUUUGAGUCAUCCGGUGUCACAGGAUCAAGAUUUGUGAUGCAUGAUCUGAUCCAUGAUUUAGCAAAAUUUGUUUCGGGUGGAAUAUAUUGUAGGAGAGAGUAUGAUAAGCCAUCCCAAGUUCUUACAACAACCCGUCACUUGUCCUAUGUUAUGGACAAUUAUAAUGUUGAGGCAACAGAAUCUGAGGCUAUGAAAAGCUUACGGACCCUUCUAACUCUAAAUGAUAUUGCAGGUAGUCCUAGGUACUUUCUGCCCACCAUGAAAUUCCAAUUCCAGUUCCAAUUCCUACGUGUGCUACGUUUCAGAAAUUGUUGCAAUUGUGAGUUACCUAAUUCAGUUGGCAAGUUGAUACAUUUAAGGUAUCUUGACCUUUCAUUUUCUGAUAUUGUGUGGUUACCCGACUCAAUUGGAAGUCUUUACAAUCUACAGACAUUGGUCCUAGCUGGCUGUGAGAGGGUUAGACAGUUGCCUAAAGAUAUGGGUAACCUUGUAAAUCUUCGAUAUCUUGUUCUCCCCACACAUUGGGGUUUUGAUAAAAUUCCGUUAGGUGUGGGUAACUUGACUAGUCUUCAAUUGUUGACCUCAAUCGAUGCGGAUCCAAAAACAAAGUUGUCCCAACUCUAUGGGACUCUGGACAAUUCAAAUUCUGAAGAUGUAGGCAAUAAUGGGACAGAAGGCAUGGUGGCCAAGCCACACCUUCUUGGCCUACGGCUGCACAACCUCACAUCUCUCCGAGUUCUUCGAAUAUCAAACUGUAAGAAUCUGGAGUCACUACCCAAGGAGCUACUAACUCUCCGAAGAAUAGUAAUUGGAAGUUGCCCUGAUCUUGUAUCCUUCCAGGAAACAAGGUUACCCACUAUGCUUCAAGAAUUGAAGAUCUUCGAUUGCGAGAAUCUGGAGUCCCUACCCAAGGAGCUACACACUCUAACGUCUCUCCAAGAAUUUGUAAUCAAUAGUUGCCCUGCUCUUAUGUCCUUUCAGGAAACAAGGUUACCUACUGCACUUCAAGAAUUGAAGAUCUUCGAUUGCGAGAAUCUGGAGUCACUACCAAAGGAGCUACACACUCUAACAUCUCUCCAAGAAUUUGUAAUUGAAAGUUGCCCUGGUCUUGUGUCCUUCCAGGAUACAAGGUUACCCACUGUGCUUGAAGAAUUGGAGAUCAUCAAUUGCAAGAAUCUUGAGUCCCUACCCAUGGGACUACUGCACAGCCUCACAUCCCUCCAAAGAUUAAAAAUAAAGGACUGCCCUACUCUUGGGUGCUUUCCAGACAUGGGCUUAUCCACCAUACUUCGGGAGGUAUUGAUUAUAAAUUGUUGGAAGCUGAAUUCCUUGCCCAAGGGGCUGCACAAACUCACAAAUCUUGAACAGUUGGAGAUUGUGGAAUGCCUUUUUCUAAUGGAUUGCAAAAAUCUUGAACCCCUACAUACCUUGGGCGUUCAUAAUCUCACCUCUCUCUCAUAUCUCACCAUUGGAGGAUGUCCUUCUCUUGAGUCCAUUCCAAAUGGAUUGCUUCCCCCCAACCUUAGGGAUUUUUGCAUCAAGGACUGCCCAAUUCUUGAAUUCCGACAUGAUGGACUCUCUGACCUAACCUCUCUUAACCGUUUGGAGAUCCAGAAUUGUCCAUUGUUAACACAACAGUGCCAAAAGAAGGAAGGAGAAGAGUGGUCCAAGAUUGCCCAAAUCCCUAAGGUAAUAAUAGAUGGCGAAUGGCAAUGA